AUGACACCUGGGUCACCUUUCCAGUUCCUGCUGGUGUUCAGCCUAGCACCACAGCUGGUGUCUGGGAGUUUCAAGCAGUACUUUAUGAAGUAUAUCUUGGAACCUCCACCCUGCAGAUCAGAACCUGAGAACUGCACUAAAUUCUGUACACAGCAAGAGGAGUGCCCAGGAAAUCUCCAGUGCUGUUCUGCUUUCUGUGGGAUAGUCUGUGCUUCAAACAAAGACCCAACGCCAAACAUGUAA